AAGAGGAGCUUCCGUGUUUCAUCCCUUCGCGCCGGCUCGGAUCCGCAUAGUCGCGCGGGCGCGUUCGAAGGAGACGAACCGGCUGACUCCGUUGUCGUCGAUCGGAUCGAGGAUCGAGACGAGAUCGGAUUUUCCGUGAACCGUGUACGAUCGGGUGGUGGUGGUACAUACAUACAUAGUGCUUUUUGUGGUUGGUGGUGGUUGUGCGAGGCGCGGUGGUGUAUAUUCCAGCCGCAGAUCGCAGGCGCGCGCGCUCGCCCGUUCUCGGAGGAGAGAGGGAUCUCCCGAGGGUGUGAGAGAGGGAGCGAGGGACGUAUAAAGGGAGUGGGAAAGAGAUAAGGAAGGAGAGAGAGGCGAGCGAUCGAGACACGGUUUUUGCCGCCCGGCGCGGCGUCCGCUCCCUCGUGUGUAUACCACCUCGCCGAGAAAGAGAGGCAGAGGCCUCUCGGCGCGUGCCGCGCGACGGAUAAAAAAGGGGGAGCGCGUGCUACGUCCGCUUGACUACUAACCCAGUGACUGGAACUGUAUACUAGAAGGGAAGAAGGGGCAGAUAUCACGACUCGAUCUCGCUACGGACUUGACGUUUUCCGAUAUUCUCGCGCGCGAGACCGGGAGUUCGUCGCCGUGAGACCACGCGCUUCGUUCUCUGAACGCGCGCGCACACUUCGGUUGCACCCGCUCGCCCGCGGUGAACAGAUCAAAGACGAAGACUGAAAACAAGACGGAACGAAAGGCUAACCCUCGCGUAGAGCUUUGUAUACCGGUGGGAGAGAGAAAGAGGCUUAACUGUGUCGGGGAAACCGAGGAAGGACAACAUUCUAACCAUAAUUAUAGCGUUGAACGAUACGACCGCAGGCGAGGACACGCAGUGCGGUACCGAGGAGGUUGUCGCUAACCAGGGAGGCGAUCAGCUCCAGAGGAUGACGAUGGACGGCAUGGAAGUGGUGGGCUCGCAGCCUCACGCGGCCACCAGCCCGUUUCUUUUGUCGCCGCCACCCCUGGGACAUCACCAUCAUCAUCACCCACACGCCACUUUCAAUCUGCAAACCGUGCAACUGAGCUUCGACGCGUGUCUGCCGUACAACACGGCCACAUCCUCGAAUUCGAUCGUGUGCGGCGUGGGCGGCACGUCGUCGCCGGCCGCUACCGUUUGCACCUCGUCUACCAGCUGUAACAAGACGAUACCGACCCUAUCGCUGACUCCUUGCGUCCCGCUGCAAGCUCAGCAUCAGAACAACGUCGACGUCGCGGAACACCAUGCCCGACAGCAUCAUCAUCAUCAUCAUCAACCGCAUCCGCGGCUGGACGAGCAUCAUCAGCAUCAUCGGCACGUCGACGCCUCGUCGCCGGCGAGCGACAUCACCGAUGGGAAACGACACUUGCAGGCUGUUAACGAGGAGAAAGAUUGCUCGAGGGAGUGCAGGGACGAUCUUCAGGAACCUAGCGAGAAGGAAAAAACAGGUGACCUAAACACGCCGGUUACCACCAGCAGCGAUUUACCGUCCUUCUUCGGCCCCUCCGCGCUCGUCGAGCCACCUCCUAUUUCAGGCAGCCUGGCGGGCGAAGACCUAUCUCUCGAAGAGGCAACCGCAGAGGACGAUGAGACGGCCACCUCCACCGGCAGGGAUCACCGGCACCACCACCAUCAAGAGUCUCAGGAUCAGCCCGGUGCUCCACCAUCGACCAGUCCGCCGCGUCAUCAUCAGACCCAAGAGGACGCGGACCGAUGCAACGUGCUCCAGGGCGGAGUGAUCCUCUACUCGUCGCCCCAUUCCACCUCCUCUGUCUCCUCGGCGCCCGCGUCCAGCGUCAACAUCUGCAACGUGCCGAAGCUGACCUACCACGGGGUGUUCACCACCACUUGUACGCAGUCGUCGCCGCUGAACACGUUGCAAACUCAGCAGCAACAACAGCAGCAACAGCAGCAGACGAACCAGGAGCUUUGGGGACCGUUGGCCUCCCCUACGCUGACGUUGGCAGGUCAACCGUUCCUCCACCCGACCCUACAUUCAGCCCCGUACGGUGGCGAUACCGUCGAACUCCUGCCCGUCGAAUCGAAGCCACCCCCGCUACCAGGUUAUCAUGAGACGCCUACGACCACCGCAGCGGCGUGGCUGACGACGCACGAGGACGCUUACGAUCCGAAUCUCCUGUCCCAUCAUCACCCUCAUCACCCUCACCACCAAGAGACGACGCUGAAGCAAGAGCCGACCAGCGGCUACGGACCAGCGGUACAACAGCAGCAGCAACAACAACCCCAACCGAAUCAGCAACCGCAACAACAGCAGCAGCAACAGCAGCAACAAGGGCCACCGUCGGCCGGUACAGCGGGCGUCCAGCUGGCGGAAUACAACCCCAGCACGUCGAAGGGCCACGAGAUCCUCUCGCAAGUUUACCAGCAGAGCGCUCUGCCUCUGAGGCUGGUCCCGGUGAAACCAAGGAAAUACCCUAAUCGACCGAGCAAGACUCCGGUGCACGAGAGGCCGUACGCCUGCCCCGUCGACGGCUGCGAUCGCAGGUUCUCGCGGAGCGACGAGCUCACCCGACACAUUCGCAUUCACACCGGCCAGAAGCCGUUCCAAUGCCGCAUCUGUAUGCGGUCGUUCUCCAGGAGCGAUCAUCUCACUACUCACGUGAGGACGCAUACCGGUGAGAAACCGUUCUGCUGCGACCAGUGCGGUCGUAAGUUCGCCAGGAGCGACGAGAAAAAGCGGCAUGCGAAGGUCCACCUGAAACAGAGGCUGAAACGCGAGGCCACCCAUGCCUCGGCGAGGAACCACCCUCAGAGCCACACCUCGCCGUGUAAUCAGUAAAUGGUCGUAGGAUUGCUAACGUUCGACGUCCAAACGCAUUCCUUUUCCAAGAACGUUGCGACAGCUCUGUCAGCCAUUUGCCAGGCGACGAGGGUAACGACGGAGACCUUUAGGCGGAACACACUUGGCUGCCGUCACCGACUGAUCCGUCAUCGAUCGUCGUCGGCAAACGCCAACCGAUCGACCGACGGGGAUCGCGUUGGCCUCGCGACGGCAUUUUUUCGACGCGUGAUACCGAGCUUACUCGGACAGUAGUACGUAAGGAAUCUCGUUGAAUCCUUGUAAAUAAUUUUUCAAAGCCUCUGUCCCGAACGGUAUGUGUCGUCGGUCUAAUCGGGGGUUGCAGUAUCGUUCUACUGAUCUCUUUUACCUGGGGAUGAUCGACGAAAUUGCGAUGCCUCGUUUUUCCGUUUUUAACAUGACCCUUUCGCCCGCGGUGAAAAAAGGGUUGGGACGUUUCGCCGCGGAGCGAAAAAUCUCAGCCUCGCCGAGGUACUGUUAGGUCGUUUCCUCGGCGAACGACGCUCGCGGUGUUUUCAACUGGACGGGAAGGGACAUGAAAGUGCGUUCGGAGAGAGAAACGGUUAUUUACGGCGGUCGCGUUUUAUGCCCUUGUUUGCGAUCGGGAACGGAGAUGCAGAUGCGAAAAUCGGCGCGUAGAUUCCGGUACUCCGCCUCGAAAUGUCCCGGUGUCACGGAAACCUACCGCUGUUUCUCUCUCUGUCUCUCUCGCGCUCUCCGAGCGUAGAGAAUCGAUACCGCCCGCAGCUUCCGGGAAUCAGGGUGGAAUUCACCGACGGAGAAAGGGACGGAGAACGCAUGCAAAUCGAGCAUGCCAGAAAAAAAGGAAAAACAUAAGGUAUACGCUUUUUGAAACGAUCAGCCUGGCUGCUUCCUCCCGAUCGAAACCGGGUCGGACGAUUCUUCGACGAUCCUUCCCAAUACCGCCCCCCCCUUCAGUCGUGGUCCGCGCGAAGCUUCGAUGAAAAUUGUGGCGAUCGAUUUCGAGGUAUCGCAUCUCGGUGUUUUCUAAGUAUUUUUAUAAAUUACCACGCUCAAAAUCAAUGGGUCCGCGUUUCGCGAUCGGCUGUCGCGCGGGCCAACGCAACCCCCGACGAUCACGCGACCGACCAGUAUGUACACGCAUACACACAACUACUUUGCGUCCUGGAACCUCGUGUCUUUCAAUCAUACAAUCGAAUUAAUCGCUUCUUAUCGUCCUCUACCUCGUCCCCGAUACGUCUUUCGUGUUCCGGACACGCUAAAUCUCGGAAUUUUUCCCGUGUUUUUUCCUCGUGCCAUUAGGGACGCCGAUAGUAAAAAAAAAUAAGAAGUGAUCUUUGCUGUCGAUAGAAGAAAGUAUAGACGUGUAAGUCCAUCCGAUUCACUGGCAUAAGAAGUUCAUAUUAAAUUGUAUUUUAAUAAAGAAUCCCCGUAAACGAGUAGGCGAUCCUUAAAACAUUAUGUAAUCGUAAAAUCAUUUUUCUCCAAAGUGAAAGUUAUUUUUCGUUCAAAUCGGCGUCUCUACUUCGUAUAGAUUUAUGUCCAUCUCGCGUAGAAUCUCUUAGCUUCUGAACCUCUUUCACCGCCAGCAAACCCCACGGAGUUAAAUCGUGAAAUGAAUAAAUUCGCGAAUCAUCGUCGUUGUUGAAACGGGAGUUCUCCUUUGUAAAUAUGUACAUAAAGUGUUAUACAUAUGUACACAUAGGUUUACGAGUCUAAUCGCAAUCGUGCUGACGAAAGACAGAGAGAGAGAGAGAGAGAGAGAGAGAGAGAGAGAGAGAGAGAGAGAGAGAAUAUAA